AUGACUUCCAAAGAUUCGGAGAAACCGACUGUCGUCCACGACCCAGAGCCGAUUGACUUCUUUACCAAAGAGUCGCUGGGCAUGAAUAACCAAGUAUACGAGACCAAGUUUGCAGCCCUUGGACGAUGGGCCGUUGUCAAGACCUUUUGGAAGGCUCUCCUUUUCUGCAUGAUCUUGAACUGGGCAGCCUUGAACGAUGGCUUCCAGCAACAGAUUCCCGGUAACGUCAUCCCGAUGCAAGCCUUCAUCAACACCAUGGCCGAUACCACGAUCAACGGCAAGCCAGCCGUCAGCGCUCGAGUCGUCUCCUACUGGCAGGGUUUCGCUGAGAUGUCCAAGACCCUUGGCAUGUUCACAGGUGGUUAUUUUGCCGAUAGGUUGGGUAGAAAGAAGGCUCUCUGCGGUGCGAUCGUUAUACUUCUCGGAGGCUCUAUUGCCGAGAUCACAGCAUCUGGCUGGAAGAGUUGGCUUGGAGCUGCCGUUCUCGUUCGGCUCGGUGUUGGACUUGCACAGUCAAUCCUCAUCACAUAUGUCUCGGAGCUCACGCCUUUCCAGAUUCGAGGUCUGAUGAUUGGUGCUUAUCAGCUCUGCCUUGGUAUCGGACAGCUCAUCAGCGCGAUUGCUACGCAGCUCAUUACUAUCCAUCAGCCGACCAAGUGGCGACCUCUUAUUGCCACUGAGUUUAUUUUCACUGGACUUCUUAUCUUGAUGGUAUGGCUCGUUCCCGAGUCUCAUAUCUACUACGCUCGAAAGGGAGAGGACGACAAGGCCAAGAAGUCUAUGCUAACACUCUACGGUAACAUUGACGGCUACGAUGUGGAACACGAGUAUCGUGUCAUCCAGCAUGGUAUCGAUGCUGAGAGGCAGCUUCAUCUCGAGUCCAAGUCCUCGUCCUUCUUUGAGAUCUUCGACAAGCAUAACUGGCGCAGGACAUUGGCCGGAUGCAUGGGUAUUUGCAGUCAAUGGGCUGCUGGAGCACCAAUUGUGUUUUCCUACUCAACAUACUUCUUCGCUGUUGCCGGUCUGAAGGAUCCCUUUCUCGUCACCAUCAUUACAUUCGUGCUACUCAUUAUCGCCAUUGUGUCAUCCCUCGUCGCGUGCGAGUUCAUCGGUCGCAGACCUCUCCUCGUUGGGCGAGUACAAAUCAGAAAGCAGAUGAAGCCUUCGCUGACCGACUAUCUAGUGGAUAACACGGCCUCCGAUAAGGCGGCCUUGGGCUGUCUUCUCCUCUGGGUUAUCGCUUACGGCUGCUCAGCCGGACCGAUCGGUUUUGUUGCAGCUGGCGAAACCUCUACCCCACGUCUACGAGCCCAGACGACCUCAUUCAAUUUGGGCUGCUAUGGUCUUGGAUUUGUUGUCUUCCAAUGGACCGUCUCGUACAUGAUCAGUCCGGAUGCUGGUAACCUUGGUGUCAAGGCUGUGUUUGUCUGGGCUGGAUUAUUGGUACCCACGACUGUUCUUCUUUGGUUCUUCUAUCCCGAGACCUAUGGUCGAAGUUACUGGGAGCUCGACGAGCUUUAUUCCCGAAAUAUCCCUGCUUGGCGAUUCAAGAAUACUCCAACUUUGGUUGACGAGAGUGGUGGCAAGAAUCGAGCUCUUAUGUCUGGUCGAAAUGACCAUUCGAAGAACCAGAAUACCAUGACUUGA